AUGGCGACUUUAACAGGUGAUAAUAAACCAAAGAAAUAUCGUGUCUCGAGCUCUAGGGCUGGACCCGGCCGAUCCUCGCACGGUUUACAAAUGGGGAGCUCCUCUCUCCUGACGUUCCAAAAAGGCCUGUUACAAACUAUUAAGAGCAAGGCUCCGCCUCCUACCCUUCAUUCCAAUAGUGGAGGUGCUGAAAACAGCGAUGUCGAAGGGACUAGAGAACUAUUUCUUGGAGACGGCCCCGUAUUUGACGUGAGUGAGAGAAUAGCAGGCCCGUUGCACCCUCCCGUGGUGCCUCCUACUGGUCAAGAACUUCUUCGCGAGGCUGGAUAUAACGAAUUUGACGCUGAAGCUCUCCAGGAUUUUGAAGAUGAAGAUGCGCAUGGUGAACUAGACCCUGAUAUACACGUGCCUAAAGCAGUCCUUGAUAUUAGCGUUCUAUUGGGAGAGCACAGUGCUGAUAGUCACAACGGUGAAGUGGUCGCUGCGACGCGACCAGUCGUGAUCGGGACCAAGUCAACGUCAGAAGUCGAGCAGAUGGUAGUUCCUGUGUCAGGCGAUAGCUCAAAACUUCAGGCGAGUGUAAAUGAUAGGCAAGGCUCUGCGCAAGCAGAAGUUGCAACUCAGUAUGAGAGUGGAGUACACCAUGACGCGAACAAUCGAAAGACCGACAAUGCUGCCGAAUCUACUUCCCGCGGCCCCAGUGCAGCUUGGAAAUUUACUAUAUUUGGCCCUUUGGGUAUCGGACGUGAUGCAUCGACAACGUCGCAAAAAGUGACUACAGACUCCUCAGCGGAACGAGUCAAGCCUAGCUUGUUCCUCAGUCUUGACUCGGCUGUCUCGAUCCCUAUUCUCAUUGUAGACGUCAACCCCCCGGGAACUUACUUUGAUACGCUGGGCGCAAAGCCAGUAGGACCCACGGGUAAAUUCUAUAAGGGCGAGCAUGUUCCUGCCUUGUUGGACACCCUUAGAGUUCAAGACUCUUCCGCAAGACUCGUAUUAGGCUCAGCUACAGACGCGGAGAAGACGCAAUUCGAGCAUUUCCAGGCUCGAUUGAAAUCUGGUGAACUGUUCGUCGAAAUGGUCGACCUCGAGCUUCUGGCUAUGUGCUCCUCCGAGAACCUUGCCCUUGCAGAGAGAUUAGUUGUACCCGAAAAGCACCGCGGGCUCGCCGACACCUUAGUCGUAGUGCGAGUGGCGAUUGAAAACCACUCCGCUUAUGCCAACGCUGUCAUGCAUGCGGAUGAUAUUCGCUGGUGCAAUUGA